GGAACCGAGCCCGGCAGCCGGGGACUGGGCGCCAGUACCCACUCCGCCAGCCCCAACCCGCAGAUGGUUCCCUGUCUCCCGCGCCCCAAUUUCGAUUUUCAGACCCAACUCCUACAGGAUUCUGAGACCCCGGCCCAUCUCCCCACAUUCCAUUUCCAGCUGCAAAUUACUGCAGAGUCUGAACCCAAGAAAGAAACCCGUUUGCCGUCCCCGCGUCUUCCCUCGCCAGACAGGUGGAGAGUGGGUGAGGGUCUCGCUCGGCUUUCCCCCUGCACCUUUCCCACCCUCCCGCCCGUCCCUGGGGGUCCUCCGUCACGCCGGCCAUGGCCCAGAAGCCGAAGGUGGACCCCCACGUCGGGCGUUUGGGAUACUUGCAGGCGCUGGUCACGGAAUUCCAGGAGACCCAGAGCCAAGACGCCAAGGAGCAAGUCCUCGCCAACCUCGCCAACUUCGCUUAUGACCCCAGCAACUACGAGUAUCUGCGGCAGCUGCAGGUCCUGGAUUUAUUUCUCGAUUCGCUGUCGGAGGAGAACGAGACCCUGGUGGAGUUUGCUAUUGGUAAGGGCUGGGCCCGUUCGCUGGGCCGGGGUGAGAUAA